CAAAACCCACGCGAAGAACCCGAGGAAGCGCCCCCACGCCACCGCGAUCCCCCUCCCCGAAUUCCCCACCCCGCCAUGCCCGACUCCGCCGAUCCCCUCACCUCGCUGGAUCCGGACAUGCCGCCGCGGAAGCCCCUUGCCCCCGGUGGCGGCAAGCUCAAGAAGCCCCUCACCGAGAAGCAGCGCGCCGCCGCGGAGCAGCGCCUGGCCCACCUCCGCGCCCACCUCCUCCUCCGCCCCCUCGAAUCCCCCGCUGCCGGGGCCCGGGCCCUAACGCCGCCCCACGAGGCGGCCCUCCGCGCGCUCGGCCUCCUGGACUUCGCCCGCCUCGACCUGCACUCCGACGCGCCGCGCCCCGACCUCGUCGCACCGCUCGUCGCCUACUACGACCCGGCCUGCAAGCGCAGCUUCGUCCGCGGCGUCCGCGUUGCCGUCUCCCGGCACGAGCUCGCCCGCGCGCUCUCCCUCCCGCCGAAGCCCGCCUCCGCGGCGGCGGCACCGCCGGAUGUGGACCCCGCCGCGGUGGCGCCCGCGGUCAUGCAGCUUCUGCAGGAUUACGUCCUUCUCCCUUUCCAGGGCGACGACAUGUGCAUACUGCCGCAGGAGGUGGCCGCCGCGGAGCGGGCAGUCAGGGAGGGGUCAGCGCAUAGGGUUGACUGGGCGGGUCUGAUCUGGGGCCUCGUGGAGAAAGAGUUGCUUGAGCUGCCCAAGAGGGACGAUGGGGUUUGCUACUUCGGGCUGCAUCUGCAAAGGCUCAUUUGGGCGCAGAAGCCGAACCUGUUUGAGGCGGUGGAUGGUGGGGAGAGAGGGGAGGCCGUCCCAGAGGCGUCUGUGGAUGGAGAUAUGGAGAUGGGCCAGGAGGAUGGGGAUGAGGAUGCUGAUACUGAUGUGAAAAGCAAGAGCUUGGAGGAGCUGGAGCUGGGGGAUGGAGAGGCAGAUGCAGAUAUGGAUGUGAGAGGCAAGAGCUUGGAGGAGUCGGAAUUGGGAAAUGCUGAUGUGAGGAGUGCGGGCUUGGACGAGAUGGAGUUGGGGGAUCUUGUUACAAGGAACAAGGUCUUGGAGGAGUUGGGUCUGGGUGAUGCGGAUGCCAGGAACAACAUAGAGGAAUUGGAGGUGGUCGAUAAAGAUGCAAGGGGAAAAAGCUUGGAUAAAUCUGAGGCUGUUGAUGAGGAUGUGAGGAGCAAGAGCUUAGAUGAACCGGAGGCAGUGGAUGAGGAUGGGAGGGGCAAGAACUUAGAUGAAUUGGAGGCGGUGGAUGAGGAUGAUAAGGGUACAAGCUUGGAUGAAUCAGGGAUGAUUGAUGGGCAUGUAAAUGGCACAAACAUGGAUGGUUCGGGUUUGGGAUUUGUGGCAGUUGAAGCGGUGUCUGCUGAGGCGAUGCCUGACGACAAAGAGGAUGCGGGAGAUGCAGAACCAGCAGAGGGUGAUGAUGUGGCAGGGGCUUCAGAAGAAGACGGUGAAGAGCCCUUGGUGGAGACAGUAGUUGUGACACAGGAGGAAGUGGUGGCUGUAGCAGAGGAGGUGGGAGAUGAGGAGGCUGAUGGGGAGGAAGAGAGCGAUGCGAUGGGGUUGAGCUUGGGUUUUAAUUCUACAAACGGUUAUGAUAGUAUGGAUGUGGAAGAGGAAACACAUAUUGAAAAUCUGGAUGAAGGAGACAGUGACAAUGAAGACGCGGAGGAGUCAGAGGAUGAUGGAUUUGAGGGGGUUAAUGGUGGAAAGGACAUGAGUUGGAGAAUUGGGGACGACAGUGGGGAUGGCAACGAGGACGAGGAAAUGACACACUCCUUACAGCGCUGUAAUACAUUUGGAGGAAUGGAGUUUGAGAACUUGAAUAAAGGGGAGGCCGAGAUGAGGGAUGAGCUGGGGUUUGAUGAUUUCUCUGGAAGGGGAUCUUUGGAAAGGAUGACAUCGUCAAACCUCCUCCAGGCUAUGAACUCAAUUCCCUCAUCGUACAACAUAACAGAGAAUGUGCAUGGCCUAUCUGGGGAAUUCUUGUCUAUGGGGGCUGAUGCACAUAAGAAUGGAGUGGACUUGGAACCAGGAAGCUCAUAUUUAUUUGGGAAUAAUGGUAAGAGGCAAAUUGGUGAUAUUGAUGGGUACAAUGGCAAUCUGCAGGCACAAGAACAGUUUCCUCAGUGCAACCAGCAAAAGAGGAUGCGGCAUAGCAACAGUAGCAGCAUAUCACCUGGAUCAGGCUUUUUUAAUGCAAACUUUUCGGUACCUAUACAGAACUUGAUGGUUGAGGCAAGCAGGCUCUAUGAGCAGAAGGAGCAAGAACUUCAAAAUUUGCAGUUUGAGAAACAACAUUGGUCUGACAUGCUGCAGCAGAAAGACGCGAUUAUCCAAACCCUAAACUCCACUCGGUUUGAGCAACAGAAUAAGUAUCAAGCGGAGCUUAGACGCUUUGAGCAUGAUCUGAAUGUUAUGGCCCAGUUGGUCACUGGCUACAAAAAAGCUUUGAAACAGACCCAGGCUUCUUUUGAAGAGUACAGGAAGAAGUUCCCUUGUAACAAGCCUCUUUAUGGCGAUGUUACUGGUGGUGGGGGUCUUGUUCUUAGUGUGAGUGAGUUGGAGAGAAUGCGGUUUGAGGAGGAGCGGCAAAAACUUGCUGCGGCAAAUGCAAUGAUUGAAAAAUUCCAGAACGAAUGGUUCUUAAAGCUUGACGAGUGGACCCUCUCUGUCAACUCACUGUGGAGCAGAAUGGAAGGACUGUAUAAGGAGAUUGAUCUUCUCAAGGAAUACAGAAGAGCAAGAUUUGCUACCCCAUCUACAGAGGAAUGAGUUUCCUGACAGUCAGAGGUUCACCAUUGUGUGAAGAUGGCCCCUAGCUACUACCUUGCCCCUCUGCUAGAAGUUUUGAUGCCAACGAGAACACACCAGCAGUUGUGGCCUACCUGGUGGUACAUACUGUAGUAAAGAUAAAUGAUUUCGCAUGUAACCUGGAUGUAUCCUCAUAUGGGGACGUUUUGAUGAUUAGUGCUUAAUUUAGAUGCAUUUAGGGGUUCUUAAUCUAUAUCAAAGUGUGCAUUCUUAUCCUCUGUUUGCAUUUUGAAUUCCUGAUUGUGCAUUAACGGUGUAAUAUAGGCCCUCGGGUGCGAAGAGUGCUGGUUGGUGGAA